UCUAAAAAAAUUAAAAUGUCUUCCUGUGGAGGAAACUGUGGUUGUGGCUCCAGCUGUAAGUGCGGCAGUGGCUGCAACUGCAACAGCAUGUAUCCCGGCCUCUCAGAGAAGACCAGCACUGAGACCAUCAUCACUGGGGUUGCACCUGCAAAGAUCCAGUCUGAGGGGUCUGAGAUGAGCUUUGGAGCAGAGGACGGCGGCUGCAAGUGUGGAUCAAACUGCACCUGCGACCCAUGCAACUGCAAAUGAGCAAAGAUGGACAAAGAAACAUUUGUGGCUGUUAAAUUAUAGUACUAAUAAAAAGGAACUAGAAGCCGGAAUGUGUUGUCGGGUCUAGCUAACUAUAUAUAUUAUUGUAAAUAAAACAGCCACGGGUUUUGCAUAUCCUUUUCGUUUCCUUCAAAUUAAUUGUGGACUGUUACAAUAUGGCCACUUUGGUUUGUCUUUAAUUUUCUGUGCCACUGCUAUACUUUUUAUUUUUAUUUUUAGUUUUUAUGGGUA